UAGAGAAAUUAUUUCUGUACAUACAUGCUGCAAUGUUAAGCGACUUACGACUCUUCAGUUGGGUAAAGUGAAUAGUUAUAACAAAAUGUUGAAUAUAAAUACUAUAUGUAUUUUUGUAUCAUUUGUAUUGUUAAAACAUUCGAACGUUCAUGGAAUGUGUGUUAGUCAAGAUGAUGGGAAGUUUUCCUGUACAAAUGGAAUACUACCUGACCCUCAUGGAAAUAAGAUUAUCACUGUGAAAUUUACAUCGAAUAUAAAGUUUACAAUUAGUAAUGGAUCGUUCGAGAGCGAAACAUGGAAACAAGUUGAACGCUUGGAACUUACGAAGUCACCAGGAGUAAGAGUUACAGUGUAUUUAAUGUCCUAUGCGUUCGCACAACUAAUCCAAUUGAAGACGUUGUGUUUAAAUAUAAUGACAUCCGUUCAAAAGGACUCGUUUGUCGGUCUCAUUAACCUGACGAUAUUAAAUCUUACAGAUACGCUACGGAUGACCGCUUCAGAUCUUCGUGAUAUCUUUGCAUCGAAUGAUUCUUUGCCAAAUUUAAAGACGCUUGUUUUGGAUAAGGCGGGAGAUUUGUCGACUGUCUUUAGUUUUAACAGUGCUUUAAUAACAACUUUGUCCCGCCGGCCAAUUAAAUCAUUAUAUUUGCAGUCAAUAGGCGUUGUUUAUGACAUUCGCGCAUUAUCGGGAGCAUGUGGAAGCUUAGAAUACAUCAACAUGACUGAUUCAAGAGUUAGUAAAUAUGACAGACACCGUUAUCAGUACGAUGGCAUAUGUGAAAAGCUGAAAGUAAUAGAUAUAAGUGGAAUGCAAAUUGGAUCAACAACGUGGUUCAUUACCAAUCGUUUGGAGAAUUUACAUUUAAAUUUAACAAAUAUGAGGGACGUCACACCCUUUCGUAAUGUAGAAAGUAUCAUCAACGAUCGAUUCUGGAAAUCCUUUAGUGAGGAUACCUCAAUAAAUCAGAAUCAAAUAAACUUCUUUUGGCCGGCAAUCCUAUCAAAUGCUCAAAGUGUGACGAUUUGAUUGCAAUAAAUUGGAUUGUACAAAACAUGAGGAACAUUGUCGACAGCAGCAUCAUUUAUUGCUCAGGAAAAAGAGGAAAGGCUACACUAGUCGAAAACGCAACAGUUGCUGAGCUCGAAGACAUUUGUAGCAGCAUAUACUGGCAACAGAUGCUCAUUAUUAUAGUAUGCAGUUCAUCGUUCGUUUUACUUAUUGUUUCUGGAUGUGUGACCAAGAAGCUUCUAAAACGUUAUCAGCAGCACAAACAGCAAAAAGAAGACGAAUGUCGUUUAUUACAUGACGUAUUUAUAGAAAACGAGAUGGUUAGUGUUCUAAAUCAAGAUGAACACGUCGAUACAUUCGCAGUUUUUUUUAAAUUUUAGUGGAAAUGACAAAGAUUUUGUAAAAACGUACAUUUAUGAAUCCCUUAAUGAAAAGUUGAAAAGUCGUGUUGGAACGGAACGAGAUUUAGUUUAUUUUAGUGAAAUGCAUAUGGGAGUUGGCAAAUUAAGAAACGUGAUAAGGGAUGGAAUACUUAAAUGUAAAUCAAUGUUGUUUAUUCUCUCAGAAGGUUCCUGCAGGCCCGAUGAUGAUAAUUGGUGUUUAUUUGAGUUCAAUACAGCAAUGGAAUUACAAAUACCUGUGAUACUAAUGGUGAAAGAACAUGUUCCCGAAGAUAAAAUGGAUCCCGAUAUAAGAGAAUAUUUUAAAAACAACUCAAGAAUCAUGUGGGUCAAAGAUGAGAAGGACACUUACCAAAUGGAGAGUAACUGGGACGCUGUUUGUUCAGCCAUUCUUCGUUCAACGACCGAAACUGUUUAUUAGAUUGUAUAGCAUACAAGAAAGGGAAUUGGACCAAAAUAGGUACACCCUUUCUCUUGUGCAUGCUUUAUUAACGACAACGUGUUUGAGGUGAUAAAUCUGUCAUAUACAAUUGAGUAACGAAUUAUUAUUUACGCUUCCUAGAGAUAACCAGCAUGUGUAUCAAUGUCUUGUUUACCGUGCAUUUGUACAUUAUAGAGAUGAUAUAUAAUUAUGGAUACUAUUAUAGAGUGUUACCGUUCUUUAAACAAUAUGUGUUUUAGUAUUGUGUCUUCUAGUAAGACCAUUGUCUUCUCCUAUAUUUUACGUCUACAUUACUUUUUUAUUCAUUUUGUUUUUAUGUCACCAAUGUGUCUGAAGUUACCAUGCUUUGUUUUAGUGUUUAACUGUUUAUAAUGAUUAUGUCAUACUUGAUGAUUAAUUUUAUAUUUGUGUAUUGCAGUACAUUUAUUCUAGAUGUCCACAUAUAUUGUAAUAGCAAGCGGAGAAAACAUCCCUUAAUUAUCCCGAGAAUUUGACAAGGGAUCAGCACUUUUUACUAGAAUUCUCCCUGUCUAAGUGUCGCUGUGAAAAUUUUGUACCGUAAUUGUAGUUGCCAAUCAGAGCCCAGUAUUAAUAAACCCGCCUGUGUAUGAUAAGCCCACCUCUGGCUAACAGUUGAAUGCAUGUUGAUAGUUCAGUUAUUGAUUAGAUUCAAGAUCGUGUGCGUAUCUGUAUGUAUGUAAUAAAAAUAUAUUAAACCA